AUGGCUGAGAAGAUCCUCAUGAACGAGUACAAGGCCCUGGCCAAGGAGACCUGGACCAACAUCUCCCUCGUCAACGAAAACAUCUUCGAGUGGAGCGUCGCCCUCAUCGUCCUCAAUCCCGACUCGCUCUACUACGGCGGCUACUUCAAGGCCAAGAUGACCUUCCCUCAAAACUACCCAUACCAGCCACCCGAGUUCGCCUUCGAGCGUCCACUCUGGCACCCGAACGUCUACACCAACGGCCGCCUCUGCAUCUCCAUCCUCCACCAGCCCGGCGAAGAUGCCAUGAGCGGGGAGAUGGCGGGUGAGCGCUGGAGUCCGGUGCAGCGGGUUGAGAGCGUCCUCAUCUCCAUCCUCUCUCUGCUCGACGACGCCGAAUGCAGCUCACCUGCCAACGUCGAUGCCGGCGUUCAGCUCCGCAACGACCCCGAGGGUUACAAGAAGCGUGUCGCGGAGGAUCGCGAGAAGAGCAAGGAGGACAUUCCUGCAGGCUUCGAAAUGCCUACUCACGAGAGCGCCUUCAAGAAAGAGGAGAAGGUCGACACGUUCAGCUGGAGCGAUAGUGAGGCCGAGGAUUUCGACUUCGAUAACAGCGACGACGAUGAAGAGAUGUUUGACGACGACGAGGGCACGGAUCAGGAGGAGGACGAGGAGUAA